CACAAGUUGUUACAGCAUUUUCUUUGCAACUCAGAUGCUUAACCACAUUUAUAUUAGUAUCUUGUGAAAGAAGAGUAAGAGUAGUAAUAUAUACAAUUUUUUUGUGAGCGGGUAGUACUGUAUACCAGUAGUCAAAAGAACAAAGAUAAAGGAGAAAAAAAGGUAAGAAAAGAAAAGGAGAAAGGGAAAGAGGCAAGUGAGCAAAAUAGCGGCCAUAAAGAAGCCCACUGGGCCGUAUCUCUUUCCCAGCUCAUCCGCCUCACCCAAGAGCACGCAAAGCCGAAACAGAACAGGAAAGAAACGCGCCCAGGAGGAAUUCCGGCGUUCUCCUCUCGCAAGCCCUAGAAGCCAUGGUCCGUGGAGGCCGCAGGUGACCGCCGCCGGUAGCAAGAGGCGCCAGGAGGAGUGGUGGCGGUUGUUGAGGCGCGGCAAGAUGUCGGUGCGGAUAAAGGCGGUGGUGGACAGGUUCGUGAAGGAGCUCAAGGAGGCGCUGGACGCGGACAUCCAAGACCGCGUCAUGAGGGAGCGCGAGAUGCAGAGCUACAUCGAGGAGCGCGAGCGCGAGGUCGCCGAGCGGGAGGCCGCGUGGAAGGCCGAGCUCUCCCGCCGCGAGGCUGAAAUUGCACGGCAAGAGGCAAGGCUUAAAAUGGAAAGGGAGAAUCUGGAGAAAGAAAAGAGUGUCCUGAUGGGAACUGCUUCGAAUCAGGAUAACCAAGACGGAGCCCUUGAGAUCACAGUUAGCGGUGAGAAGUAUAGGUGCCUGCGCUUCUCCAAGGCGAAGAAGUGAGGCACCGCUGCCUCCUUCCUGUUCCCAAAUAAUCAGGUGAUUGAACGCCACAUGAGAUGAUGCCUGCCUGCCUGCCGAACGAGUGCAGUAACAUGAAUGGCUUCCAAUUAUCAUCACAGUACAGGAGCCAUGUUAGGUCCAGCUUCUGAUUGCCAGCGUCGGUUCACUUCGAAAAAACAAUUAAGGAGGUUGCUUUUCUUUUCUCUUCCCUUCAGAACUCGGGGCUGGAGCUAUCUGUUCUUGUCCCAGUCGAUAAAUUUUUGUUUCCAAUUUUCUGUUCAAGAUUCAGUUGUGCUCCUACAGUUUAAUUAUUUGCAAGUGACCCUGAUUAGCAUCUGGACACUC